CGUUCCUCCCUACUUUAAGAUGGAGCCAGUCCAGACCCAGGUUCAUCUGGAGCGUAACAGACUGGUUCUUACCUGUAUGGCUGAGGGCAGCUGGCCUCUGGAGUUUAAAUGGCUCUACAACGCCACUGAGCUCACGCGCUUCUCUCUGGAGUACAGGUACCUGAUCCCGUCUCUGGACCGCUCCCAUGCUGGUUUCUACAGAUGCAUCGUCAGGAACAGAGUAGGAGCCAUCAUGCAGAGCAGCACUGAAGUACAGGUCGCCUAUAUGGGUGAUUUUGUGGAGGGGGAGCGUUCCCAGACUGUGUCCCAGGGAGAGGCUGCUCUGAUCCAGGCUCCACGCAUCCACAGCUUCCCACGACCACAGAUUACCUGGUUCAGGGACGGACGCAAGAUACCCGCCAGCAGCCGCAUAGCCAUCACCCUGGACAACACUCUGGUCAUCCUGUCCAGUGUGGCCCCUGAUGCUGGACGGUACUACACCCAGGCUGUCAACGACAAGAACGGAGAGAACAAAACCAGCCAUCCUAUCCUACUGACUGUGGAGAGUAAGUAG